CGGGGAGAGGACUCUGUGGGGGAGUCGGUGAGAGACUAUGGGGAAGGACCAGGAGCUGCUGGAAGCUGCUCGCACUGGAAAUGUGGCUCUGGUGGAGAAACUCCUGUCUGGCAGGAAAGGAGGGAUCCUGGGCGGUGGAUCCGGACCCCUGCCCCUGUCUAAUCUGCUAAGCAUCUGGCGAGGCCCCAAUGUGAACUGCACAGACAGUUCGGGUUACACUGCUUUACACCAUGCAGCCUUAAAUGGACAUAAGGACAUAGUUCUCAAACUACUUCAAUAUGAGGCAUCAACAAAUGUAGCAGACAACAAAGGAUAUUUUCCUAUUCACCUGGCUGCCUGGAAGGGAGAUGUGGAAAUUGUGAAGAUUCUUAUUCAUCAUGGACCAUCACAUUCCAGAGUCAAUGAACAGAACAAUGAAAAUGAAACUGCCCUACAUUGUGCAGCUCAAUAUGGACACUCAGAAGUAGUUGCUGUUCUUCUAGAAGAGCUUACUGACCCUACGAUUAGGAACAGCAAGCUCGAAACACCUUUGGACUUGGCGGCACUCUAUGGACGGCUUAGAGUAGUCAAAAUGAUCAUCAGUGCGCACCCUAACUUAAUGAGCUGCAACACUCGAAAGCAUACGCCACUUCACCUUGCUGCACGCAAUGGUCACAAAGCAGUUGUACAGGUGUUGUUGGAGGCAGGAAUGGAUGUGAGCUGUCAAACAGAAAAGGGGAGUGCACUUCAUGAAGCAGCUUUGUUUGGAAAAGUGGAUGUUGUGCAAGUUCUGUUAGAAACAGGAAUUGAUGCCAACAUAAAGGAUAGCUUAGGUAGAACUGUCUUAGACAUUCUGAAAGAACAUCCAUCUCAGAAAUCUCUUCAGAUUGCAACACUCUUACAAGAAUAUUUAGAAGGCAUGGGAAGAUCAAAAGUCCUUGAAGAGCAUGUGCAAGAAGAUGCAACACAAGAAACACACAUUUCACCUCCUGUUGAGUCUCCUUCCCAAAAGACCAAAAGUGAAACCGUGACUGGAGAAUUAUCAAAACUCUUGGAUGAAAUAAAACUCUGUCAAGAAAAGGAUUAUUCUUUUGAAGACUUGUGCCACACAAUAUCAGAUCACUACUUAGAUAAUUUGAGCAAGAUUUCAGAGGAAGAACUUGGGAAAAAUGGAAGCCAGAGUGUAGUAAGUAAGGGGGGAAAUAAAGACAAUGUGUCUACCUUUGUCAGUUUAGUAUGUACACCUAAGAGGCAUGGGAUUUAAUGCAUUAU